GGAGAGCAGAGAGCUGGAGACGCCGCCGGAGAAAUGGUCUGUGGGCAGACACACCCAGGGCUACCCGACCGACGCCUACGGGACGCUGGAGUUCCAGGGCGGCGGAUACUGCAACAAAGCCAUGUACAUCCGCGUGUCCUACGACACCAAGCCGGACGCCCUGCUGCACCUGAUGGUGAAGGACUGGCAGCUGGAGCUCCCCAAGCUCCUCAUCUCCGUGCACGGCGGCCUCCAGAGCUUCCAGAUGCAGCCCAAGCUGAAGCAGGUGUUCGGCAAGGGCCUGGUCAAGGCCGCCGUGACCACGGGCGCCUGGAUCUUCACGGGCGGCGUCAGCACGGGGGUCAUCAGCCACGUCGGGGACGCCCUGAAGGACCACUCCUCCAAGUCCCGGGGCCGGGUCUGCGCCAUCGGCAUCGCCCCCUGGGGCCUCGUGGAGAACAAGGAAGACCUGAUCGGGAAGGACGUGACGAGACUCUACCAGACCAUGUCCAACCCGCUCAGCAAGCUGUCCGUGCUCAACAGCGCCCACACGCACUUCAUCCUGGCCGACAACGGCACGCUGGGCCGCUACGGCGCCGAGGUGAAGCUCCGGCGGCAGCUGGAGAAGCACAUCUCCCUGCAGAAGAUCAACACACGGCUGGGCCAGGGGGUGCCGGUCGUGGGCCUGGUGGUGGAGGGCGGCCCCAACAUCUUCUCCGUGGUCCUGGAGUACCUCCGCGAGGAGCCGCCCGUCCCCGUGGUGGUCUGUGACGGCAGCGGGCGGGCCUCAGACAUCCUGUCCUUCGCGCACAAAUACUGGUCAUCGGCGAACCGCUCCGGGACCAGCUGCUGGUCACCAUCCAGAAGACCUUUAACUACAGCAGGACGCAGGCGCUGCAGCUGCUGGCGGCCGUCGCGGAGUGCAUGCGGAAGAGGGACCUCGUCACGGUGUUUCGGAUGGGAGCCGAGGGCCAGCAGGACAUGGAGAUGGCGAUUCUGACUGCCCUGCUGAAAGG